GUGGUUGUGUACCCUUUACAGUUACGAUUUCAAUGGGAUUCAGUAAAAAUUUUAGAUCGCUAUAUAUACACAGCGCAUGGUGUGGGAGAAAAAAAUAGUGUGAUCAUUUGCUUAGUUUUCUCUUGUUCUUUUGUUUUGUGUGAUUGGUAUUCUUGUGUUGUCAUGGAGAUUGAUCUUACUCCCCAGUUGUCCAAGAAGGUGUACGGAGACAAUGGUGGGUCGUACUAUGCUUGGUCCCCUUCUGAGCUUCCCAUGUUGCGUGAAGGGAACAUUGGUGCUGCCAAACUAGCUCUUGAAAAAAAUGGUUUUGCCCUUCCUCGUUACUCUGACUCUUCCAAGGUUGCAUACGUUUUGCAAGGUAGUGGAGUGGCUGGAAUUGUGCUCCCAGAAUCAGAGGAGAAGGUUGUUGCAAUCAAGAAGGGUGAUGCUUUGGCACUCCCUUUUGGUGUGGUGACAUGGUGGUACAACAAGGAGGACACUGAGUUAGUUAUUCUGUUCCUUGGCGACACUUCAAAAGGCCAUAAAGCUGGUGAAUUCACUGAUUUUUUUCUCACCGGCUCCAACGGAAUCUUCACCGGAUUCUCAACCGAGUUUGUGGGCAGAGCCUGGGACCUAGAAGAGAAGGACGUGAAGACCCUUGUUGAGAAACAAACAGGGAAGGGCAUUGUGAAGCUUGAUGGGAGCAUCAAGCUUCCUGAGCCCAAAGAGGAGCACAGAAAGGGCAUGGCAUUGAACUGUGAAGAGGCUCCACUUGAUGUUGACAUAAAGAAUGGUGGAAGGGUUGUGGUCUUGAACACCAAGAACCUUCCCUUGGUUGGUGAGGUUGGUCUCGGCGCAGACCUUGUGAGGAUUGAUGGCAAUGCCAUGUGUUCUCCAGGAUUCUCUUGUGACUCUGCAUUGCAGGUUACUUACAUUGUUAGAGGGAGUGGUCGUGUUCAGGUUGUUGGUGCUGAUGGUCGCAGGGUUUUGGAGACUACUAUAAAAGCCGGUAAUUUGUUCAUCGUGCCAAGGUUCUUUGUUGUCUCAAAGAUUGCUGACCCUGAUGGCAUGGCUUGGUUCUCUAUCAUCACCACCCCAAAUCCUAUAUUUACGCACCUGGCUGGAAGUAUUUCAGCGUGGAAGGCUCUUUCACCUACGGUUCUGCAGGCAUCUUUCAAUGUAGAUGAAGGAGUUGAGAAACUUUUCCGUUCAAAGAGAACUUCCGAUGCCAUUUUCUUCCCUCCUCCAAAUUAAUCAUACCUAUCUAAACAGAUGAAAAUAAUCUUCCUAUCCCAUAGAAUUUGUUUAUCUACUUGGAACAGUUUGAAAUAGUCCGAGAUUUCAGUUCAUGUUUGAAUUAGUAGAGUACUUUUUAAGUAUAUACAUUUCUUUUGGGUCUGUAAGGAAUUUAAUACCUUUUGCCUUUUUUUUUU